AUACCGGGAGUGCCGGGCGUCCCGGGGCCACACGGACCCCAGGGUAGGGAAGGUCCAAAGGGACAAAUUGGGGAUAAAGGAUCGCAAGGAAAGCCGGGUCCAAGAGGAGACAGAGGGCGCGAAGGACCUCCUGGGAAGAGUGGACCCCGCGGAAUUCAGGGAAUGCAAGGUCAACAGGGACUUCUGGGAAUGAAAGGAGAGCGAGGCAUAGUGGGAAUGAAAGGAGAGCAAGGAGCUGUGGGAAUGAAAGGAGAGCGAGGCAUUAUGGAAAUUCAGGAAGAAAAGGAGACAAAGGAGAGAAAGGAGAAAGCGCCAAAGAAAGUCAAGCGAGUGCAGUACCACAAACCAACUGGAAACAAUGUGUCUGGAAAUCAGACAUUCAUACUGAUAACAGAAAGAUUAAGGUAAAUGGAAUAAGAAUCAUUAAUAGCACACUCCAAAGAAAAUUCAUUCCUUUUUUAAUUAAAAUAUUUCAGAGAAGAACGUCCCCCUUCUCACCCAUAGAUUUUAUCGGAACUGUCAUCAUUUGCCAACACAUUCCAUCGAUAGCAAAAUUAAAGUUUCCCUUUACUCCUUUCCUUGCUGGAUAAGGACAACACAACUUUAAGCUAUUCAGUACAGAGUUUAAAUUAAAGGAAGUAACUUCCUGACUGCAACAGUUAGUAUCAGUCAUUACACAGUUGGUUGCUUUAAUGUAGUAUGUUUGAUUCUAUUCAAGGACUGUCCUUUUCACAAACUGCAGUCUAAUUCAGCACUCAAAGUCUCAUUCCAGGGCAACAUGAGGGUCAUUGGUCAUUAUAAGUGUAACCGGUGGUAUUUCAAGUUCAAUAGAAAUGAAUGCAGUGGACCAAUGACGAUUGAGGCUGUUGUUCACAACUGGUGGCCAUCUUCAAGUAACCAUCAUCUGUAUCAUCAUCGGUCGUUUGAGGGGUACUGUGAAAACAUCGCACAAGGAACGGUUAGAGUGGAUUUAUGGGUAGGACAGUGUAGUGGCGUGCCCCUGGGUGAUGCUUACACUGGGUAUAAUUCAGUGUCCCGGAUAAUGAUUGAAGAGGUGUCUUGGCCCCAGUCCUAA